AAGAAGCUUCGAAAGACCCUCGUUUUUUCCUGCUUCACUAGCCCUAAUAUCUCUCACUCCACUCUCCCUGUUGAAAAAAACAAGAGAGCUACUGAUUCAUAAUUUGCACUCAAUAAUACAGUGAAGCCUCUACCAAAUUCAAUUAGUGAGGAGUUUUGAAACUAAAAUGCCAGCAGCUAGGCAUUUUGCCCGGAUAGGCACAUUAGAGCUAAAAUUGCAGAUUGAGAAGAAGCUUGGUCAUCUAAAAGCCCAGAAGUACUUUGAUCUCCUCUCAAAGUUUCUGAGUAUUAAGAUUAGCAAAUCUGAUUUUGAUAGACUUUGCAUUGGUACAAUAGGGAGGGAAAAUGUACGACUUCAUAACCACCUCCUCAGAUCAAUUAUAAAAAAUGCACAUUUCUCCAGGACUCCCCCGCCAAAGGAGAGCAAAGCUAAAGGCGCUUUAAGUGUCAAAGUGCCUAAUGGGUAUCAAAAAAGUAGUCUUCAAUCCCUAUGCAGGGAUUUUCUCCAAUCUCCUUGUAAGGGGAGGUCAGUUCUUAGUGAACGCAAGUUUAGAGAUCGUCCUAGCCCUCUUGGCCCUCAUGGGAAGAGCCAUACUAUUGCAUUUGAAGAUUCAAUCCCUAAAAACCAAGAACAGAGUACCACUGAGCUGCUUUCUUUGGUCAGCAAACCCCCUGGCUCUGUGGAGGAUGGAGAAGAGGUUGAUCAGGCUGCUGGAAGCCCCAGCAUUUAUAGUAGGAGCCCUGUUAGAGCUCCUCUUGGCAUCCCCUUGAACAGUAAAGGGGCACGAAAAGUACUGUGUAAUCGCUUGGCAUCUUCUUAUCAUAUGGGGACCUGUCAGAAUAGUGGUGAAUUACCUGAUUCCAAUUCUUUAAGAAAGAGGUUGGAGCAGAAGUUGGAGAUGGAAGGAAUAAAAGUUUCAGUUGAUUGUGCUGAUUUGUUAAAUAACAGCCUCGAUGUUUACUUGAAGAGAUUGAUAAAACCCUGUAUGGGUUUAGCUGGUUCAAGAUCUGGAGGGAAACAUACAAGCCAAGGACAAAUUUGUUCCAUAUCUGGUUUGAAUGGGGUGUGGCCUGUGAGAUAUUUUCAAAAACCCAGCAGGUCCAUUGCAGUGUCCAUGUUAGAUUUUCAGCUUGCAAUGGAACUAAACCCUCAGAUUCUUGGAGAAGAUUGGCCAAUGCAACUUGAAAGGUUUUUAUUUCGUGCAUCAGAAGAAUGAAAUAGAACAUUUGUGCAAGAUUUGGUGGGAUGGGAAGUUUAGUUUCAAAUAUAUUGUGAAUUAAUACUGUUACAGGAUCCACUCUAAUGAGAUGUUGAGCACACUGUUUUCGUGACAACUGUGAAGUACAUAAAUAGUAGAAGUCAUGGGAAGUUUUGGAUCAAGUUGAUGAGACUGUAUAUAGGCCUUUGGACUGAUUAUUUCCAGGGUGUGACAUGGUAGUAUAAAUACAUUGACGUUGUAAAAAUCUAGCUGUCCAAAUUGGUCAGUUUUCUGCUCCAACUGACCCUAUAGUUUGUUUGUUCAAUUUAUUAACUUUGUAAAUAAAGCUUACAUUUGCAAUUA